AUCAACGUGAGACAGCUACUCCUCGUGAAUUCCACCAACGUAUUUCAUUCUCAGAUAUUAUUGCGUUUUGUUUUCAAAAAUACAGUGGGGUUUAUAAUAAAUAAUCUACCAUGUCGUUGGUGACAUGUUGUCGUUUCUGUUCGCCUUUGUUCCGGUGGAAUCCCCGUGUGUUUGGAUGUUUGGGGAGAUUCACACACACAGGACGCGGAACAUGGACACUUUCACACACACCGCGGGUUCUACACUAUAGCUCUUACUCAGAUAAGUUGGGCUUUCGGCGGACGUUUAAAAGUGCUGUAGCGUCAUGGAGCGAGGAAGUGGGAACAAUUCAGUCAACACAUUAUCAUCUGGUGUAUACAUGCAAGGUCUGUUCGACACGUUCAAUGAAGAAGAUCUCCAAGAUGGCGUAUCACAACGGCGUUGUUGUAGUAAAAUGUCCCGGCUGCCAGAACCACCACAUCAUCGCCGAUAACCUGGGAUGGUUUUCUGAUCUGGAAGGAAAGAGAAACAUCGAGGAGAUUCUCGCAGCCAAAGGGGAGACGGUGAAGCGUCUUGCAGACGAUGCGGCCCUAGAGAUUGUUGCCGAGGAAACGGUUAAAGAAGCGAUGCAGAGGAGCGAAGACGAACAGAAAGCUCUCGCAGACAACUCUGACAAAUCAUGACUCUUCUCCCAAAGUCUCUGUUGCAGAAUUGGACAUGUUGAAAUAGACACCGUGAGAAAUGUUUGGUUAAAGGUGAAUGAUGAACAUCAUAAAUGUCAUAAAUGAAAAGUAUUCAUAAUUGAGAGAUUUCUAGUGUCUUCAUGACAUGCAUUAUUAUUACUCAUAUUUAUUGGGUUAAUCUCCAGGUUCUCACUGUAUUUCAUGUUUCCGUAAACACAUACAAGUACACAAAGCCCUUAUUGACACCCUACAGCUUAUAGCCAUCCUCCAUGAGACCUCUAUAAGACAGACAUUGCCAGACAGGGCCAUAUUGAAGAGCUCAGUGACUUUCAACGAAGCAUGGACAGGAUGCCAGCUUUCCAUCUGGUGGGUUAAAUGAAUUUCUGUUAUGCUAGAGCGAACACUCAUUAGACUUCAGCAUCAGCACAAGGAUGUUUAGUCAGGAGCUUCAUGGGGUAUGUUUCCAUGGCUAGGCAGCCGCACAGAAGCCUUACAUUACCGUAUGCAAAGCAAGGCAUGGGUGGGAGUGGAGUAAAGCCCAUCAUCAGUAGAGCCAGCAAAACACUUUUAAAACACAUGACACAAUUCUCUGAACGAUGAAUCAGCUGGAUUUGGGGGACUCCAGGAAAACACCAGCAGAGAAGGAAUAAUAAUUUAGGGUUCAUUUUCUUUCAUUGUUUACAUGAAACCCCAUAGUCCUGCAAUUGAAGACCGAUGUUAGUUAAAUAGAUUUCGUUUUCACAGCAAAACCAGUUGUCUGUUUUCUUUCUAUACUGUAUAUGUAUCAUGUAUGUGCAUUGGGCUAUGGAUGUAGCAGAUAAAACACGGUUCCUCCUC